AUGGCCGCAGGAAGAUCAUAUAUAGGUGCUACCUAUGAGCAAGAUCCUUUUUACAAAAAGAAAGAAGACAAGCUAAUAAAAUCAAUGACAUGACCUCCAGAAUAUUCUCAGAAAGUAGACAUAAAAAAAGUUAAUAUGAAACUCAUAAACAAAUGAAUUUCCAAAAGAACAACUCAAAUUUUGGAAAUAGAAGAUGAGAUUUUAGCUAAUUUAAUAACUGCUUUUCUUGAAAAUACAGAAAAUGCUUUGGAUCCCAAAAAGCUUGAGCUCAGCAUUCAUGGCUUCUUAGAAGAAAACACGAGAGGCUUUGUUCUUGAAUUAUGAAGGCUCCUUAUAUCAGCGAAUAAAGACCCGAAUGGAAUUCCUUCUGCUUUGUUUGAAGAAAGCUUAGAAUUAUUAGUUGAAGAAGGAAAGGAAGAAAAUAAGAGGGAAUCUGGCAAAAGGCCUCAAAAAAAGUGAAGGGAAAGAUCAAGAGAGCGAGGCCGAUAUAGAGAUGAUUAUAGGCAUAGGGAAAGACAUCGUGAUAGCCAUCGCCAUAAGAGCGAUUCAAGUUCAAGUGAGAAAACUUGGUCUAAAUCUUCGUCGAGCUCUUCAGAAAGAGAACGAAGACAUCGAAAGUAUCACAGAUAA